AUGAAUGUCACACGGGGUUUGCUGACGGUUUUGAGUCUGGUGUGCCACACCGAGUCGAGAUGCUCACCGACCUCGUAUUAUAAGAACUGCUGGAUUCGACGGUUUCCCGGGAUUUUCAUCGACAUCGAGGAGUCUCAGCGGAGAGGAGCGCAGCUCCUGAAGUACUACCAGGAGGAGACCGCGCUCAAAUGCAGCCGCACCUGUUGCCUCACCAGAAACUUUUCCUGUAAUCUGGCCAUAUUUCACUAUGAUACCACUCAAGAGAACUGCUUCCACCUGCACUGCCCAACACUGGAGAGCUGUAUUCUCAGCCACAGAGGCAACGUCGUUCUGUAUAAUAUCACAAAGGGCGUGGAUCCUGACCUGUUGGUGUUUGGAAAAUACUUCACCUCCAAUGUACGCGUGUUACCCCACCACUACGGCCGAGGGAACGCCUCAGAACAUCUGCCCUCGGACAAACGCCAGUUUAUUCAUCCCCCUCCGCCCGCUGCACUGCCUCUGACUUCAGCACCCACAGUUAAACCCCCCACCACAGCAAGCAGAGUGCUCCCCACCACCUCCACUACGCAGCAGAGCACCAGUCAGCCUUCAACCCUUCCCACAACUACAGCUCCCUUAUCUUCCACUCCAGAGACUCUACUAGCUUCCGGAAACCAUGCACAACCAACAACCCCGACCACUUCUCUUGCGCCCAGCUUUACGCCUCCUUCAUCAAGCACAGCAACCACACUCAGCUCUAACAAUCCCAAAACCACUCCUGCCUCUUCUACCACAGCUGCACAGCCUUCCACUUCCCCGACCCAUCCUUUCACCACCACACAGCCGGCCACCAGCCCUCCAACUUCCACAGCCCUUAUGGCCAGUGUAGAGAGCAGUAAGCAAUACCCCAAUGACACCACGGGCAGCUUGGGGAAGAACCACACAGCAGGCAGCGAUGAAGGCCAAGGUGUCAGCGGAGAGGACAACCUCGGGGGUUUGGGACCUGGCUGGCACGGAGCCGCUCACACCUUGCUGAUUGCAGUGGCCAUCUGUGUCACAGUGCUGCUGAGCUGCUGCUGCUCUGUUCUGCUGGUCGUGAGCUGGAGGGGUCAGAGGAAGAGGAUGGGACGCUACCGAACAUCGUGGAGAGGGAAAAGAGGCUCCAUGCGUCUGAUAAAAUACGUGCUGGUCAGAGAAAACACCUGA